GAUCCAGACACAUGACAGUUGGUGGCGCUGCGACUGUUUAAUGGUCGCCUUUUGGUGAAUUAUCUAUUAUUAUAUAACGAAAAACCGUUCUAUUUUUUCGUACAUCAUACAAGGGACUUUCGUCUACCGAAAUGGCCGCCAAAAGGAUCACCAAAAGCGCCAUCAAUUGGACGGCGUUGAGCGAAAGAGUGCCCGAAUCGCAAAGGACCCAAUUCUUGGCUUUCAAAGCCAAAUCCGACACCUAUCUUAGACGUGUAAUGGCGAAUCCGGAAACUCCUCCGGCCAUCGACUGGACCUUUUACAAAUCCAAAGUCCCCGUACCCGGAAUGGUGGAGGAAUUCCAGAAACAGUACACCUCUAUUAACAUACCGUACCCACCGGACACCGUUAAACCCCAAUUGGAUGCCCUUGAAAAGGAAAUCAAGCAGGACAUUGAAAAAUUCAAGAGCGAAUCCAACGCUCGUAUCGAAGAGUACAAAAAGCAAUUGGCCCAUCUCGCUAGUUUGAUUCCCUACGAUCAAAUGACGAUGGAGGAUUACAGGGACGCUUUCCCGGAGACAGCUUUAGAUCCGAUUAAUAGACCCACCAUGUGGCCUCACACUCCGGAAGAACAACACGACUACGUGCCCAAGGAUGUCCAGUCCAGUCACUAAUUGAAUGCAAUUCGCUUUGGAAUAAAAUUUAUUAGUUAUCUUGCAAAUGUUGAUUACGUGAACUGUUUUAUCGGUGUCCCCCCUGUAGGAAGAUUUUUCGUUUUUUUU